GCGAGACGAACGGAACGGCGGAACCGGAGGACGGCGGACGGCGGGACUCGCGGAACCGGAGCGAGCUUACCGCGGCGGGACACGGGACGCUUUUUGAACCGCGACCGACUCGCGACGGUGGGGUUGUAAACAACGACGACAACGACGACGACGACGCCGCGGACGUCGGCGCCGGUCGCACGGUCGCCCUCGCGACUAACUCGAUCGCGGGCCGUCGUCGUCCGUCCCGAUCCGGAUCCCGAUCGUCCUCCUUCACGGUCAACGCCGUCACCGACGCCGUCACCGACGCCGCCGCCGGCACCACCAUCACCGCCGCCGCCGCCGACGCCGCCGCCAACGCCGUCGCCAACGCCGUCGCCAACGCGACCCGAGAAGGUAACGGGCACGGAUCGCUAGACGUGGAAGGGAAAAACGAAGAGGGCGAGCCACGCGUGUCCUUCCCGUGGUGUGUCAUGGGGUGUUUCGGUAGCCAGAGCAGCAAGGCCAGCCAGGAUGACAGCAAAAAUCAGAAGAGGCGAUCCGACGCCAUCACCAGGCAGUUGCAAAAGGAUAAGCAGGUUUAUCGGGCCACUCACAGGUUACUCUUGCUCGGAGCGGGGGAGUCCGGCAAAAGCACGAUCGUCAAACAGAUGAGGAUACUGCACGUCAAUGGUUUCAGCGAAGCGGAGAAGCGACAAAAGAUCGAAGACAUUAAGAAGAACAUUAGGGACGCCAUCUUGACGAUAACCACUGCGAUGAGCACGUUAACGCCGCCUGUUUCGCUGGAGGAUCCGUCGAACCAGAGCAGAAUGGAUUAUAUCCUAGAAGUCUCGUCUUCCCCAGACUUCGAUUAUCCUUCGGAAUUCUACGAAAUCGUCGAAACUCUUUGGAGAGAUCGGGGCGUUCAGCAGAGCUUCGAGAGGAGUAACGAGUAUCAACUCAUUGACUGCGCCAAAUAUUUUCUAGAUAAGGUAGCCAUCGUAAAACAGCCGGAUUACACGCCCACGGAACAGGACAUUCUGAGGUGUCGAGUUCUCACGUCUGGCAUCUUUGAGACGCGGUUUCAGGUCGACAAAGUGAACUUUCAUAUGUUCGACGUUGGAGGCCAGCGCGAUGAGAGAAGAAAAUGGAUACAAUGUUUUAAUGACGUUACGGCGAUUAUAUUUGUCACGGCGUGUAGUAGUUACAAUAUGGUACUCAGGGAAGAUCCUACAAAACUGAGACUCAGAGAGAGUCUCGACCUUUUCAAAAGUAUCUGGAACAAUCGAUGGCUUCGCACGAUUUCUGUGAUCCUGUUUCUAAACAAGCAAGAUCUCUUAGCGGAAAAAGUCAAAGCGGGGAAGCACAAACUCGAAGAUUACUUUCCGGAAUUCGCGCGUUAUCAAACACCAGUCGAACCCGGGGUGGUCGCAGAUCCCUCGGAACCGCCUGACGUCAUAAGGGCCAAGUACUUUAUCAGAGAUGAGUUUCUCCGCAUAAGUACGGCGAGCGGUGACGGCAAGCACUAUUGUUAUCCGCACUUUACGUGCGCCGUUGACACGGAGAAUAUCAAAAGAGUGUUCAACGAUUGCCGGGAUAUUAUCCAACGGAUGCACCUGCGUCAAUACGAGCUCUUGUGACUUCGUUCCUGCCGACAUUUUCUGUCAUCAUCCGUUAACCUGACCGUCACGCUCGUCCUGCGUCUCGAGCUGCAAUCGCUGCAAGCAAGUGAAUGAGCGAAUCCGCGAGACUCGUCGCGAGAGCAUUCGCCGCCAAUCAGGUAACGCGCGCGCCGAGGGCUUCCUCCGGGAUCGGAAAGCGUAGUCGGCGGGACGGACGCCCACGUUCAUCGAGAACUCGCCAGCAGACACUGAAAGAGAGAAAGAGAGAGAGAGAGAGAGAACUGUGCGAGUCGAUUACUCUACUUCUUUUCGUCGAUAAGAUUCAGAAAGAUGAGCCGGUAUGUCGAUAUAUACUGCUGCUGAAUCUCUCUCCAUCGUCUGAAAUCUGUUUCUCGCGAACGAAGCGUUCUCUCUCGCCUGAAAUAAAUCGUGCAAACCGCGUGUCUCGUUCCGCAGCCGUUCGACGAAAAUGAACGAGCGGCCCUUCUAGCGGGCGUAUUCUCGAACGGUCACUCGACUCUCCUUUGAGUUAGAUGAAAGAGUG